GAAACGUCUUGAGAUAACCCCAAGCACAGGACGUUUUUUAGAUUUGACAGCCAGGAUGAGCGGACGGGUGGGCGAUCUAAGCCCGAAGCAGGCUGAAGCCUUGGCGCAGUUUCGAGAGAGAGUUCAGGAUAUCCUUCCCCAGCUCCCUUACCAGAGUGACCACUUCCUGCUUCGUUGGCUCAGAGCAAGAAACUUCAAUGUGCAGAAAGCAGAAGCAAUGCUACGCAAGCAUCUGGAGUUCCGGAAACACAUGAAAGCCGACACAAUAACCACUGACUGGAAGCCACCAGAGGCGAUUGAAAAGUACCUCUCUGGGGGCAUGUGUGGUUACGACCGAGAGGGAAGCCCCAUUUGGUACGAUGUCAUUGGCCCGGUAGACCCCAAGGGACUCCUCCUGUCCGCUUCAAAGCAGGACUUUAUAAAGUCUAAGGUUCGAGACUGCGAGAUGCUGCAGAAGGAGUGUGAUCUUCAGUCAGAGAAGCUGGGGAAGAAUGUGGAGUCCAUCACUAUGAUCUAUGACUGUGAGGGCCUGAGCCUGAAGCACUUGUGGAAGCCUGCCAUUGAGACUUACGGAGAGGUUCUUACAAUGUUCGAGGAUAACUAUCCUGAGGGACUGAAGAGGCUGUUUGUCAUUAAAGCCCCCAAACUCUUCCCUGUGGCCUACAACCUCGUCAAGCACUUCCUGAGUGAGGACACCCGCCGCAAGAUCGUCGUCCUGGGAGCCAACUGGCAGGAGGUUUUGAGGAAGUACAUCGACCCUGAGCAGCUGCCGGCUGUCUAUGGGGGCACCCUCACAGACCCAGAUGGAGACCCGCGCUGCAGGACUAGGAUAAAAUAUGGAGGCGUGGUCCCCAGGUCCUACUAUGUGCGGGAGUCCAUCAAAGUGCACUACGAGCAGUGCAUCUUCAUCAGCCGCGGAUCCUCACACCAGCUCGAGUACGAGAUUCUCUUCCCCGGCUGCGUGCUACGGUGGUACUUUGCAAGCGACGGAGCUGACAUCGGCUUUGGGGUUUUCAUGAAGACCAAGAUGGGCGAGAGGAAGAAAGCUGGUGAAAUGCGGGAGGUGUUGCCCAGCGAGCGCUACAAUGCCCAUCUGGUGCCUGAAGAAGGCUCCCUCACCUGCGCAGACCCGGGUGUCUACGUGCUGCGAUUCGACAACACCUACAGCAUCCUGCAUUCUAAGAGGAUCAGCCUCACUGUGGAGGUGCUGCUGCCUGACAGUCAGUUACAGUCUCUGAAGGACAAAGGCAGGGAUGCGCCGGAGGCGGAGCUGGGCGCGCAUGGCCAAUAGCAGGAGGAGGACGAUGGUAUGAGAUGCUGCUGCUCAGCCUCUUGGUUAAUUUGUGCUGCCUCCCUGCUGUGUGAGGGCGAAUCACACACAGAGACCUCUCAGUCCCAAUGGCAGGUUCCCAAGAGGCUGCUUGUCUACACAGAGCUACUUUAUUUUAAAAUGAACCUUUUCAAAUGCUGCUCACGGACAACAGAAGAGUAACCAGAUAGAAGCCUACAGUGCGCAGGGCACAGACUAUUGAGUACUGUAUCAGCUAGUUUACUUGAAAGUUUGUUGAUGCAAACAAAAUUUUUGAAUCAAGCAUUCAUAUUAGAAUAUGCUUUUGCAAAUGCAUAUUUAUUUUAAUGAUUUAACAAAUGAUCAGUCUUAUUAGUGAUCUAUUUAUUUUGUAGUGUCCACCUGCAGUGAUACAGAUGUAAGCACAUUGGCCAUGUGACCUCUGACAUUAAUAAUUCUUUAUUUGAUACUCUUCGUUUUAGUGUGCAUGUUCCACUCUGUCAUUCUAUCACUCCACAGUGUCAGACAUUCAAAAUGGGCAUUUCCAUACAUUAAAUUAGGAUUUUCCAUACAUUCACUGUCUACACAUAAGUGCUUGUCAUUAAAGUCUGUCCAGUUAUUUAACUAUCCAUACCUGUUUAUAAUGUGCUGGAUUCAUUGUGAAGAGUAUCAUACUGAUAAUUCCAUACAACCAUUAUUGUUCUAAUGAAAAUCAUUCUGAAAUGUCUUUCUGUGAUAAUAUUACUUUAAAAUGAGCAGUGGAAUCAUACAUUAUUAAAAAUCAAUGUUUGUUGGAAUCAGUGUAACACAAUGACAUGCCAUGCCCAGUGUAACUGUUGAAAUGUAACUGCUGUGUGUACGAUGUUCUUCAUGUGGGUUGUAGCACAUCCAAAAACUGAUUUAUUACAUGAAUGUGUCAGUAUUAUCAUGUUAUGUGCCUUGGUAAUUUUGUCUUAAACUUGAAUUGUUUGGUGAAUGUAUAUUUAACUGCCCUGUAGGAAUGUAAAAUUGUAUUUAGAAUCAGUGGGGCCCUGAUUAUGGGCAUAAACAGUUUACAUAAUGUCAGGGUCAUGUCUUCAACAGAAACAAAUUUUUUUGUUUUAAUAUGGAAAAUUUUAUACUUCGCAUACAUGUGAAGAGGCAAACUGGUGUCUGUAUUUUGAUUUUUUUUUUUAUAAAUGUAAAUGAAAUGAAAACUUCUUUGUUACUUUGAUUUUAUGAAUUUUAAAAAUAAUUCUUUAUAAAUAAUUAUCGACUGUGUAUGUCUAAGGCCCAACAAAAUUGCUGUUGCCAGAACAUGGGCACAAUCAAGGUUAUCCAAGCCAUGGAUUUAAGAAAAAUCCACACAGUGAUUAAAACUUGCCAGGGGGAAACUUCCCUACCACCUGUCUCAAGACUGAGGAAAUAACUGGUGGAAAGAAAAGGAGUAAAAGGUAAAAUUGAGUUCACCAUAAAACAUGUCAGUGUUUCACCUGAAGUUUUUCUUUACCAGAUUUUAUGUGUACUUCUAAUUUGUGAGCUUAACAUUGCAUCAUUAAACCAAUACUUGAAUAUAUCAAUAAG